CUAGGUCAAGUAAUGAUUAAGGGCUUUUCGCCGCGGACAUGAUCGGUUGAAGUUUUUUGAAUAUGCAAAGGAGCUUGUCUGAUAAAAUGAUUUGAUGGACAGUUUUAGUUCUUCAUUAAGUUUUUAAGUUUUUUUAAUGGGUUUAUGCUUGGAUAUAAAUAUCGGCUCGGAGAUCGAUCUACUGGACUGUGUCGUGUCUAUAAGAACAGUUAAUAAGGGAACUCUUCUCAUCAGUCGGAUUCUGCGGCGCGUUUCGUUCGGUUCGGUUCGAUUCAAAUCCAGGCAAAUCCAGGAAAAUAUGAAUUUCAAUCCGCGAACGUUUCUGUUCGCCGUGUGUCUGGGCUUGGGCUUAAACUGGAGCUCUGCUGUCUAUAAUUAUAAAGCACCUCCUCGCGGUUAUUUCUAUCCCAGGCCAGAACGACUGCCACCGCUGCCAGUCAAUGGGAGUUCGACUGGGACACCGGGUUCCGGCCUACCGCCCGGAGUGCAAUCGGAUUUCAUUGAUGAUCUGAUUGAGGGCCAUAAGCAGCAAAUCUUAUCGAGUGUCUUGGGCGGGGCCAGUGAGACUCCGUUGGACUCGGCAUCAGCCGCAGCCUCAGCCUCCUUCUCGCCCCUCGAGGGCGGCGGUGCAAAGGCGUUCCGCGUCAAUCGUUGUGCCAGCUGCACCUGCGGCGUGCCUAACGUCAAUCGAAUUGUGGGCGGCACCCAAGUGCGGACCAACAAGUACCCAUGGAUUGCACAGAUCAUACGCGGAACUCUCCUCUUCUGCGGCGGAACUUUGAUCAAUGAUCGCUAUGUCCUGACUGCUGCUCACUGUGUCCAUGGCAUGGACAUGCGGGGCGUGUCCGUGCGUCUCCUUCAGUUGGAUAGGAGCUCUACCCAUUUGGGGGUGACGCGAUCGGUGGCCUUUGCCCAUGCCCAUGCCGGCUACGAUCCUGUCAGUCUUGUCCAUGACAUUGCCCUGCUGCGACUGGAUCAGCCGAUUCCCCUGGUGGAUACGAUACGGCCGGCCUGUUUGCCCACCCAUUGGUUUCAGAACUUUGACUUCCAGAAGGCCGUCGUGGCGGGUUGGGGCCUGAGCCAGGAGGGUGGCUCCACCUCGAGUGUCCUGCAGGAGGUGGUCGUGCCCAUCAUCACCAAUGCCCAGUGCCGGGCCACUUCCUACAGGUCAAUGAUUGUGGACACUAUGCUCUGUGCUGGCUAUGUCCAAACCGGAGGUCGCGAUGCUUGUCAGGGUGACAGCGGUGGUCCACUGAUCGUCAGGGAUCGCAUCUUCCGUCUGGCCGGAGUGGUGUCCUUCGGCUAUGGCUGUGCCAAGCCCGAUGCUCCCGGUGUCUACACUCGCGUCUCUCGUUAUUUGGACUGGAUAGCAGUCAAUACCAGAGAUUCGUGCUAUUGUAUUAAUUAG